UUGGAAUCGAUUUGUUUAUAAAUGGCCGCCGAAUGAAAGUGAAUGUUGUCGUUCUAUGAUUGAAAGAGAUUCGAGAUUGACGAUACAUUUUGAUAAAUGUAGACAACUGAACUGGAUAUGGGAGAACUAACCACCAGCCCAGACCAGGUUCUUCAACAUGUGUUUAAACAGUAUGAUGCCUCGUGUAAAGGGGAGUUAAAUUCCAUACAGAUACAGGCGCUCCACGGAGACUUGAGAGUCGGAGGAAUCAGUCUGCCACAAGUGGUGGAAUCCAUCAAGUAUGCCUGUGUUGGUGAUCACUGCCAGCCAUCAGAGCUAUUUAAUCUGCUACAGGAAAUGGAUCGUCGAUAUUACCUUAUACAGGACUUUCGCUGGGAAUUCUCUAUGAUUGAUCGUCAGCAAAAGGACACAAUAUCACAGGAAGAAGCCAGGUGGAUGGUACAAACAGUCCAUGGCAAGUUUUUCUCCAGGAAGAAGUGGGAAUUGUUCAUUAAGUCACGAGCGGUACCAGGAAGUGGUGUGUCGUUUGCUGAGAUUGAGGUUCUUCUGUGCAAUAUACCCAGUCGUAAUGAAAGUAGGGACGAGGAACUGGAGCUCGAAAGGGAGAGAGAAGAUCGGCUACGCAGACAAAACGUUUUUGAGGAAGAGAAAGAAAGACUGAGAAAACAAAGAGAGGAAGAAAAGAGAAGACAAGAAGAGGAAAGACGGAGACAGGAAAAAGAAAAAAGAAAAAACCUUUUGGAAGAUGAAGAACUUAGGAAAAGGGAAGAAGAGGAGAGGUGCAGACUGGAAGAUGAAGAGGAGCAACGCAGAUUAAGAGAGUUAGAAGAAAAGCAGAGAGAAGAUGAGGAGAGGAGGAAGAGAGAGGAAGAAGAACUCUACAAAGAUGUAGAAACACUAGCCAAGCGUGCAGAGGAAGAGGAGAAGCGUGCUGAGGAGGAACUCAAGAAACAUAAAAAGGAUGACGAAGAACGUGAGAAACUGAAGCGGCAACAUAGACAACUAAGGGACAAGAAACUCCGAUACAACCUGAAGGUGGCUAUCAAAUCUCGGGACAAAUACCAGCUGGAGUACAACAUCAGUGAGUUCAAAAAAGAAAAAGUCGACGAUGUAGACAUGGACCUCAUCAAGGCUGAAAAACUUCUCAAGGAGCUCACCUCCAGGGAUGGUUUGAAGAGAGCCAUGACAAAGCGUGAAAUUGAGGAGCUGGAGAAAGCCAUUCAAACAGUCAAGAAACAUGGAUUUGAAGUACAAUUGGCUAAGGAGCUUGCUGAGGCCAACCAACUUUUGGUACGUCUACGACGCCUGGAACGGAUCCGCCAUGAGAUCCUGGAGCUGAAACAGUCAACUGUGGCAGAGAUUCGUAGCUACCAAACCCCUCCUUUGUUAGUUCAUACCAUCAUGACUGCCACAUUCCUGAUACUCGGCCACAAAGAGAAAGAGACAAAGGACUGGAAGGCGGUGCAGGCGAUGGUGGGUAAAACUGGAAAGGAAAGUCUGAAGCGUCGCUGUUUGGAGUGUAAACCUGAGGCCAUUGUCACAGGUGCAGCCAAGCGAGCUAAAACUCUUCUCAACAAGUAUGAACUGGAUGAAGUCCGUGAUGUGUCAGCUGGAGCAGCCACAUUCUAUGUCUUUUCUACAACCAUGAUAGAGGAAGCCCUGGACCUGGCCGAACAGAAGAAUGCUGCUGCUGCUGAAGGCUCUAAAUAGACUUGAUCGGGGUAAAAUCUGAGAAGUCACUUGAACAUAGCAUUGGAUCCCUAGGGAUUCUGUAGAGAUGAAGAGGAUUACUAUUGGUUCUGUGGGAAUGUCAAUGGAUACCAUGGAAGGAUUUUUUUCUGUGAAGAAAUUAUUGAUGAUUCUGUUGAUUUUCAAUGGGCAACUUAGAUGGCUGAACCUUUUUGUUAAGUAGCCAUGAUAGCAAGGCAAAAUUAAUGUUUAAUAUUUAUAUCUUAUUAUAUAAGAGGAAUAUAUUUAUAUCUCUUGUCUAUAGGUUAAUUUUUCUAUGUUUAACAAAACUCUGAGAACACUGUUGAUAUAUGUUUCUUGGUUCCAAGCGAUAUAGAUAAUGGCUGUGUAGGUAACUAGCUACAUGUACAUGGUCCAGUAUCCUCAGGCGUGUCGGCCAGGUGCCUUGAAUUAAUCCUUUCUGUUUUAGAUGAAAUACUGCUGGUUAUCCUAGGUCUUGAAUCUGAUGUUUCUCAUGGUUAAUUGUUGAAGUUUUAUGGUAAUAUUUUGCACGGCAUCAAAUUUAAGUCUGACACAAUGAUCAGGGCAUCCAGUUGACCCUUGACUUUUAGCAAUUUCAGAAGUCAAAUCACUAAUUCUGAGAAAUCUGAAGGGUCAAAACAUAUGUCAAAUAGACAUGUCCCUUCAAACCCAAGAGUCAGAUCUCAAUUUGGGGAGUCAAAAACAUACUCUCAAGGGUCUACUGGAUGCCCUGAUGAUAUUAUUUAGAGUUAAAGAUACAAAGUCAUGAAAUAAUAUAUAGUUUGGAAGAUAAACAAAAGUGGAAAUGUGGACUGAAAUGAGAUGUGGUGUAUUACUUUAAGCAACAACACAAGAAUUAGGUUAAUCCUUGUUUCACAAAUUUGACAGGUAGUGUCAAUAUUUUGUAUAACUUUGUAUCUAAAAAAAUCAUAAUCUAGAGCCUUUUAUUUUGAAUGAGACUCGUAUGUUCUGAGCGUUUGCUCUUAAUUUGUUUACAAAGAGCUGACAACAUGUCUUUAAGGCCAGGAAUUCCGGCUUACUGGUGUUACUUCAAUUACACAGACUCACAACAUGUACUGCACGCCCGAGGUCUGGUGUUGACAGACACUGUGUGUAGCUAGUCUCUCACACAUGCUGGGUGUACUUUUAUGUUAUCUAUUAUUAGCUGUCAAAAAUAUGGAGUUCAUGGCCACACCAAUAUCCCAACAGCUACAGAGUCUGAUUUCCAAUACUCAGCAUAUUGCAAAAUAUAGGAUACACACAUCAGGAUAUAUAUAGACUGCAGGUUAGUAUACAGGUACUCACGUCUGUACACAGUCUGGUUAGUAUACAACAGUAACAACAUACGGGUACUCACGUCUGUACACAGUCUGGUUAGUAUACAACAGUAACAACAUACGGGUACUCACGUCUGUACACAGUCUGGUUAGUAUACAACAGUAACAACAUACGGGUACUCACGUCUGUACACAGUCUGGUUAGU